AUCAGCAAGCAAGCAUUAUGUAGACAAUGCCCCAACACUGAGCUACCGCAGAGCUACUCGGCCUACGUCACCGCUCUCUACUCUUACCUCUUCGACCUUUUUUUCUUUCUCUGCUAUGCAAACGCUCUUAUUGCCGGCGGCGGCUCGCGCGGGCUUCUACUCUGCCGCACCACCGCCGGCUUUGUCGGCGGCCGGGCAUGCGGCUCCUACACUCCAUCACCACCACCGCUUCCAUUUACGAUCAAUCCCCAACUUCACUCUCACCGCCGCCAAUUCUCUCUUCGCCUUCAAAGCUAUGAAAGCAUUCCACUCUGUUUCUUCCUCUUCGUCAUCGCCUUCAACGCCUUACAGUGCUCCGAAGCACAGAGGAGCAAAACUUUCCUUUGCUGUUAAUGUGAGGGCUUCAUCUUCUGCUUCUCCAAUCUCUCCCACUUCCACUCCCCCAAAUGACGAGUCUGAGAAAGCCAAGCUCGCUCAGGUAGCGAAGAGAUUAGAGAACACUUCGAGGUAUUUCAAGAGGUUGGGGAGUUUAGGGUUUUGGGGUCAGCUUGUAUGCACUGUUGUAGCUGCUGUGAUUCUUUCUUUCUCUGUUGUUAUCACCGGGAAGGUCAGCUCGCCGGCCACGUUUUACGCUACCGCUGGUGGGAUUGCUGCUGCUUUCGUAUCCGUGUUUUGGUCAUUUGGCUACAUUCGGCUUUCUGAGAAGCUCCGGAAAACUGCAAAUGACCCUUCAAAGGCUCCACCCCGAGCUGAUGUUGUGAAAAGCUUAAAAAAUGGCAUAGUUGUGAACAUCCUGGGUAUGGGCGCUGCUAUUCUUGGCAUGCAAGCCACCGUGGGAUUAUUGGUUGCAAAGGCUCUUACUUCCUCAGCAAAUCCAUACUACCAGGGCAUUUCUCCUGGUUACAGUCCUGUUCUUGCAUUGGAUGUAUUCUUGGUUCAGGCAUCUGCAAACACUAUCCUAUCUCAUUUCCUGGGGCUCGUUUUCUCGUUGGAGCUCCUACGCUCAGUGACGUUACCAGCUGCAGAGGGCAUCCCUAUCCCCAGACUAGCAUAAAUUCAGUCAAGAAAUGUAAUUAAAGAUGGUGUAUUUCAAAGCUAGAGGUGAAUUGUUUUGGGUCCAUGACCCUCGAGUGAUACAAAUUUCGUUCAUGAGAUUACAUUUCAAGCUCAAAGCUGUCCAUUUUAUUUGCAGAA